CUUGAUAGCGCCCAAAGAAGCCCCUCACUCGGGUGGCGCCUUCGGUGCCGCUUGUUUGCGAAGAGUUUCGCGAGAUAACACAGGAUAACGCUGGAUAACAUGUAAUCUUGCUUCGAGAGCCAUAUCAGAUAGUUCUAAGGCUCGGAGACGACCCAAGGAUGGAAACACUCUCAACUACGCAGAAUCAUAUCCACUUGAUAAUCCUCUGAAACUCUGGCCUGAGCGGAUUUAUCGCGCCUUGAGGUUGAGGAUUGGGACCAUCUUCUGGGAGCAUGUCGUAGUCGCUCCAGUCAGCUGAUCUUACCAUCAUUGAUUGCCUGGCACCGCCACGCCCAUAGCUUCCCACGUCUUCCUGCCGUAGUGCUAUUUACUCACGUCAGGUUGGUGCUUAUCCUCUCUUAUCAUUGCGAGCUAUUGCGAUUCUUCUGGAACACCGCGCUGACGGCAACCCAGCGCCCUGAUUAUUUAUCCCUUCUGACCGACGCGGAAUAUCUGUAUGCCAGAUUCUGGCUAGUCCUGACACAGCUGCUACGUACUUAUCUUUGACGUUAUUCUUCUCGUAGAGUCCCCGACCUCGUAUCGCCAUGCCCCUCAUCGCCUGCGGCCAAAUAUGCUCCACUAACGACGUCGGACACAACCUCGCCAUCUCUGUGCAGCUCGCCCGCGACGCGGCCGCCCAAGGGGCGACCGCGCUCUUCCUCCCCGAAGCCUCCGACUACAUCAGCAACAACGCACACGAGGGAUACCUCCUUGCCGCGCCGCUCGCCUCUCACAAGUAUGCGCUGGGUCUGCAGGCGGUCGCGAAGGAGCUCGGGAUCUACAUCAGCGUGGGGAUCCACGAACGUCCGGGGCCCGAGGACAUGGCCGGGGAGGCACCGGGCAGCGAGCGCGUGUUCAACACCCACGUCUGUAUCUCUCCCGAUGGCACUCUCAAGGCCUUCUACCGCAAGUUGCACCUCUUCGACGUGCAGCUCAAGGAGUCGUCGGCCGCGAGCGCGGGGGAGUCCGACCGCAUGAUCCCGGGCGACAGGGUCCCGGAGCCCGUGGACAUGGGCGCGCUGGGGCGCCUGGGGAUGGAGAUCUGCUACGACAUCCGCUUCCCGGAGCUGCACACCAUCCUGCGGCGCAAGGGCGCGGACAUCAUCGCGAUUCCCGCGGCGUUCACGCUGCCUACUGGGCGUGCGCACUGGUACACGCUCGUGCGCUCCAUCGCGAUCGCGUACCAGGUGUAUGUCGUCGCCUCGGCCCAGGCCGGCGCGCACACGCCGGCACGGUCCUCGUGGGGCCAGGCGCUUGUGUUCGACCCCUGGGGCCGCGAGCUGGGCCGCCUGCCCUCUAUCGACGAGACGGCUGAUCCGUCUAAGCCGAUGCCGUCUCAGUUCGUGCUUGCGGAGAUUGAUCUGGCUGUGGUCGAGAGCGUCCGUGAGCAGAUCCCUCUUGCUUUCCAGAAGCGAGAAGACGUUUAUGGCGUUGUCGGCCGCGACGCACUGGCACUCGCCCCAACAACAACAACGGCGGCGGCGGAACCCUAUCUGCUGACACGGCUGUGGAAAGGAAUUCAGAGCAUGCUUGGGUACGGCGAGCCCGCCAUCCGUUUACUUCCGAGCCACAACGACGAGAAGUCGACGAGGUACUGAUCUAUCACUUAUGUUGUCGUUGAUAUCAGUGACUGGACUACAUGGCCAGUUUUGGCCUGCUGGAUGACAGAAUAAGCCUGAGGAUGAUUCAUCGGCAAAAGGUCCGACGUUCGAUACUCAGUCCAGGCGCUGCGCUACACGGAUUCCGGCGCCGCCCGAUUCAUCCACGAUUUCGUUUCCCGCGUAAAUUCUUGCUGUGAGCAGCGAUCAGUCUUAUCUGAAGUGAAGUGCCAGUAUGCAUAUAUGCGUGAAUGAGACCAGAUUGAUCAUCUUUACAUUCAAUCUUGCCGAGCGACCUUCGUCCUGUUAAUUGUACCCCACAUGGAGCAGUCCAGUCAUGGAUGGUUCUUC